AUGUCGGAUGAAAAUGAGCUCAAAAUCGCCAAUGCAUUGGCCGCUUACCAUGACCGUAAUGAGCCGAAGAUCAAACCAUUGGCAAGGGAAUUCGACGUUAGUUACCAGACCCUGCUAGGCCGUAUUCGGGGUGCCGGGUCAGCAAUUGGCCGACCUGCCACCAAUAAGGCAUUGGACUCGCAGCGCGCCGAUGACAUUAUUCAUCGAUCAAACCCGGACAGGAAGCCUCUUUGGCAUGGCUGGGGCCUCGCAUUCACUAAGCGACUGCCAAAGCUUACGCCCCACCUCCAUUUUAUUAAGCAGAAGCCGAAGGACCCGAAGCGAAUGGGCGCCGAGGACGUAGGUCUUACGGAGAUGUGGUAUGACCGCCAAGAGCAGUGUAUUAAGCAGUAUGGGUUUCGACCAAAGGACAUCUAUAACAUGGAUGAAACCGGCUUCCGAAUCGGCGAAGGAAAGGCUCAAAAAGUGGUAUCUGCUUCACCUAUUAGCUUCACUGCAACCGGGGGCCAUGGCGAGAGUAUUACCGCUAUUGAAUGCAUUGCUGCCGAUGGUUGGAAGACGCCGCCGUGGUUUCUAGUGAAAGCUCAGUAUCACCAGGAAAGCUGGUAUAUUGACGAAAUGCCUGAUGAUUGGACGAUAAAACCGACACCAAAGGGCUAUUCGUCUCAUACCACAGCAUUAGAAUGGCUAGACUCAUUUAUCGAGGCCACAAACCACCGAGUCUAUCGCCAUAAAUACGCCGAAAGUGAUGAUGAGAUAGCGGAAGCUCGUGGCCAUGGCGGUCGCCGUCGAUACGGCCAAGAUGCAGCUAUUCGCCGAGAGAUAAAAGCGAUACGCGAAGAAGCAGACCGCGUACACUGCCGAGGUUAUCGCCUUCUUCUUUUCGAUGGCCAUAAGUCUCACUGUACGCCUGAAUUUAUCCUAAAAUGCUGGGAAAAUCGCAUUGUUCCCAGAGCUUCUUGCGAGGGUGAAUGCCAGCCUAAAUACGCCGGCGCCGCCGCCACCGAUGCCACCGCUGCCAAUGCCUAA